AUGUCAAGCUCCAGCAUUCCUGGAGAGAUCCAAGAAGAUAUUAUAUUAAGGUUACCGGUAAAAUCCAUCUCACGUUUCAAGUCAGUAUGCAAGAGUUGGUGUAGAUAUAUUAACAGUCCUACAUUCAUCAAGCAUCACCUCGUUCGUACCAGCAAAAACCCUAGAAUCAUGAUCAGAGAUGCUAUCCGCGGGGAUGGUACAAAUCCGUUCUAUAUCGUAGAUUAUGAUUCAAUAUCAUCAGGGUUAUCAUCACGCAAGUGUGAACCAGUUGCUCGAUUGAAUUAUCCAGUGUCAGUAAACAACGGAGUUAGGAACCCUUACGUAGAUAUUGUGGGAUCUUGUAAUGGCUUGCUCUGUGUGAUUGCCCCCGUCUGUGAUACACCAAUUAUUUGGAACCCAUCAACUACAGAGUACAAGGAAAUUAUACUGCCACCACCUGACAAUCAUCUUCGGUGGGUUUCCUAUGGUUUUGGUUACGAUAGAAAAAUUAAUGAUUACAAGUUGGUAUGUUUAUCAUGGGAAGAAGUUUAUAUAUACAGGUUAAGAUCAUCUUCAUCUAGAAAACUUGUCAAAAACAUCCCUUGUGGUAAAGUUUGGGAACCAGCUGGUCUGCUUCUGAAUGGUGCUUUACAUUGGACACUUGCCGCUAACGCCAUCACGGGCGAAAUCUCCAAAAUCAUUGUUGUUUUUGACAUCAGCAGUGAGAAGUUCAUGAGUUGGCCUUUUCCAGAAGAAAUUGUACUACGUACACCUGACAGCAGUUGUUAUCUUCAAGUGUUUGAAAACUCCCUUUGCAUAAUUUCUAGUGUCCAUGCGGCUCGAGUUGAUGUAUGGGUAAUGCAAAAUUAUGGAGUGACAGAAUCCUGGACUAAGCCAUUCACCACUGCCCAAGAAAGAAUUACUAAUAGUCCAUACAGUUUAGAGCUCUAUUGGUAUUGUAUAAAUGGUGAUAUUCUGAUACUGGUCGAAGGACGUUUUGGUAUAUACGACCAAAAGAAUGACAGAAUUAAGUUUUUGAAUAUCAAUGGCCUUGACGAUGGUUAUACUUAUGGACAACCCCGGUGUGUUGGGGGGAGUUAUGUGGAGAGUUUAGUUUCACUAAAUUCUGGUACUUAUAUGAGAAAAAGAAGGAACUGA